CUCGGAUGACAUCACUGCUUUAAAUAUUCCCGUUGCUUCUUCCCAGCCGUCCUUAUCAUAACCCCUCCACCAGCACACAGAGCCUCGCGGUCUCACCAUGCGUUUGUAGCCGAGCUCCUGUUUAAGUCGAGCAGACUAAGGAGACUUCUGUCCUCCGUCCUCCUCCUCCGGGAAGAAAAGAAAAAAGAAAAGCGUCUACCGGGCUUCAGUGCGGAGAAAAAAAAAACCAACAACCCCUCAUAGAGGUGGAGAAGAGGACCGAGCUAAGUCGGGCGUGGUGAGAAAGAAAGAAAAAAACCUCAUCUUUGUUAGAAUAAACUUUAAAAAAAAAAGAAAAAAAAACUCAUCUUUGCUAGAAUAAACUUCAAAAAGCCGCAAUGUCUCUGUCGGUGCCGCAGAACGGAGUGAAGGCGGACAACGAGCCCGUGAUCGAGCUCUUUGUGAAGGCGGGAAGUGAUGGAGAGAGCAUCGGGAACUGCCCCUUCUCCCAGAGACUCUUCCUGAUCCUGUGGCUUAAAGGAGUCGUCUUCAACGUCACCACAGUGGACCUGAAGAGGAAGCCAGCAGACCUCCAGAACCUGGCCCCGGGCACACACCCCCCCUUCAUCACCUUCAACGGCGAGGUCAAAACCGACGUGAACAAGAUCGAGGAGUUCCUUGAGGAUGUCCUCUCUCCUCCCAAGUACAUCAAGCUUGGUGCAAGACACCCCGAGUCAAACACAGCUGGUAUGGAUAUCUUCGCCAAGUUUUCAGCUUUCAUUAAGAACUCAAAACCAGAUGCAAAUGAGGCUCUGGAGCGCGGUCUCCUGAAGACGCUGCAGAAGCUGGAUGAGUAUCUCCGCUCACCACUGCCCGACGAGAUCGACCACAACAGCAUCGAGGACGUCAAGGCCUCCAACCGCAAGUUCUUGGACGGUGACGAAAUGACCCUGGCUGACUGUAACCUGCUGCCCAAGCUGCAUAUAGUCAAGGUGGUGGCCAAGAAGUACAGAGGCUUUGACAUCCCCAAAGAGAUGACGGCCAUCUGGAAGUACCUGAACAACGCCUACACGCGCGAGGAGUUCACCAACACCUGCCCCACUGACAAAGAGAUCGAGAUAGCCUACGGAGACGUUGCCAAGAGGCUGGUCAAAUAAGCUCCUCCCUCCAUCCCUCACCCCAACUCUCUCCACGCUCCAAAACACCUCCCCCUCCCAAGCAAUGGGACUGAUGUGCUCUUUCACGAGAAAGAAAAAAAAAACUCUGGACUUCUUUUCCUUCUCUCCUCAUCUAGAGCGAAAAAACCCAAAUGCAUGAACCCUUCUCGAUCAUAUUGUUUUUUCCCACCUUUUUUUUUUUUUUUUUUUUUUUUUACAAAGACCUCCUAUUUUAGUUGAUUUAGCAAAAAGGUCACCAUUGUUUCACCUUAAUUCAUCAUUAAGUGCUUUUGAUUUUUAUUUAGCUGAUGAAUGUCGUGAGGCGGUGAAGAAGCAGCCAGACAUGUGUAUCAGUGCUUAUCAAUGUUGGGAGCCUCAUCAAACACACUCUCUGAUAAGUGACCUUCAAGCUGACCUCCUCUCUGUGAGGUCACGAGCCGUCGUUGAUUUUCUUUUUUUCUUUCUUCUGUUGUCUGUUUAAUAUUGAAUAGCUCUUUCUAGGAUUGCUUUAAAACAAAUACUGAGCUUUUGGCGUAUUAAGAGGCAUUGUAAACAGUGUUCACGCUUCAGUGUUUUUGGCUCAAGUAUUUGGCAGGUUUAAGCAGAAUCUAAUCCAAACAUGAGUGGUCGACAUAUCAAGUAAAGAGAUGCUUUUAAUUUUCAUGUUGAGCUGCUUAAAAUACAUCAAAACAAUUGUAACAGCAGGUAAAGCUACCUGUUAUCCAUGCUCUGAUUUCCUCAUUGUCCCAUGAAGGCAAACGUUUCGUAGCUCAGCUCAGUAGAAGUGUAGGGAGUUUCCUGUAGCCGCUGCAGAAGUAACAACUCAGGACAAAUCUGAUCUGAAAUAUUAAACCAUAUGUAGCUCACAGAUUUUGAAGGAUGUGUAGAUGUCAGUGGCCUUUUGUCAAUCACCACAGCAAAGCUUCUUUUGAGAGUCUUUUGGCCGUGCUGACUGUAGCGGUAGUUUGUAUUACACGUGGCGGACCAAAAAGAGGCACAUUACACUGGUCUCACUGUGGAUAGGAUGACUCCAGCUAUGUAAACAUAAAGAGAAACCACACACUCACUGUUUCCCACUCCGUAGCAUACAGAGUGAAGGACACUAUGUGCAGUCAGGCACCAGGAAAGGCGACACGAAAUAUAUUUAUGACUAAAGGACUCGAGGAGGGUAGUGAAAAACCAAUAGCUUUCUCUUCAGUGUGUAGACUUCUCUCUGCGGAAGUGAAUGUAUGUUACGAUACAGUAGCUCCAAAAGUGCUUUAGUGCAGACUAAGCAAAACCUGUUUUUGUUUUCUCCCGUUUGCCAUAUUUGUUUUUUUUCAGACAUUUGUUAUUAAAACAAAUUUGAUAAAAGAAAAAAAGGAAUUGUAAAUAUUUGUUUUGAUUGCUCAGAAUCCAAUAUGUAAAUUUUAUGCAUUUCAUCAGAAUCUUUUGAGGAAAAUGGGCUAAUUUUUUGCCUAGUUGGAUUUUAAUUCUAGAUAAACCAUCUCCUCUUUGCCUUACUUGUUUUUCUUUCUGCGGAUGUUUUGCAGCACAGUUUUUUCAGAAUGAAUUUCAUUACAACAAUUUUGAUGUUGUACGAAGGAAAUAUCCAAGCUAUGUCAUGGCUUUUUUUUUUUAACAAUAUUGACUGAAUUGAAAUAAACAUAUUGGC